AUGGCUACAAACGCUAACCCCGACAAGCUGAGCUACAUCUACAACUCACAGCUGGACGCCUUCACGCUCUACCAUAUCUCGCACGACAAGAAUGACCACAGCGCCGUCGGGCCUGCCCUCCCGGCCCUAGGCCAUGCUACGUCUGGGGCGCUGGGAUCCGCCAUCUCCAAACUCAUAACGUACCCUCUUGACGUCGUGGUCACGCGCCUCCAAGUCCAGCGGCAGCUACAGCAUGACGGCGAACGUCCCCAUUACAACGGCUUCCUAGACGCUAUCGAGAAGAUCUAUGAGAGGGAGGGAGGACCCCAGGCCUUCUACAGUGGCGUGGCCCAGGAAACAUUGAAGAGUGUCGUGGACAGCUUCCUGUUCUUCCUCGCAUACUCGUAUGUUCGGGAGAAGCGGCUCAAUGCGCGAGGCGGUGGUCGAAGUCUACCAGCCCUGGAGGAAAUUGGCGUUGGCGUAGUGGCAGGCGCCUUCUCCAAGUUCUUCACAACACCACUUCAGCAGAUUGUCACGCGCAAACAAACAGCCGCCAUGAUGAACCAAGGCUCUCCAGGUAGUCCGCCUUCGUUGAGCAUGAAGGAUAUUGCGUCUGAAAUCCGACGCGAAAAGGGAAUACAAGGCUUCUGGUCGGGGUAUUCUGCCAGUCUGGUCUUGACGCUCAAUCCCUCGAUUACAAUGCUGCUACACAAGGCUCUGCUGCGAUUGGUAGUGCCGAGGGCAAAGCGCGACGAUCCAGGUGCGCGCGCGACCUUUCUCCUCGCUGCCAUCAGCAAAGUGCUGGCCUCGACUGCCACCUAUCCAUUCUCACUCGCAAAGACACGCGCUCAAGUGUCUGCGCAGAAGCCUUUGUCAGGCAGUGGGGAGACGUCGGAUCAGGAGAAGUCUGGGGACCAUGCAAAGUCAAAGGCUCUUCAGGCUAGGCAGCGAACUGUGUUCAGCACCAUUCUGCGUAUUGCGCAGACGGAAGGAAUCUGGGCUCUCUACCAAGGCCUGGGCCCUGAGGUACUGAAAGGCUUCUUCUCGCACGGCAUCACCAUGUUGAUGAAGGAUCGCAUCCAUUCCAUCAUCAUCAGUCUGUAUUUCACACUGCAGAAGGCUCUGCACCAGUAUCCUAGCCCGGGACAAGUCGUAAAGUCUGCCUCGGACAGUGUGCAAGAGGCUUACAGUCAGGGCAAGGAGCAAGCAAGCGAAGCCUAUGUCAAGGGCACGGAAGUUGUUGGAAGCAUGGGCGAGUCGGUCAAGCGUGUCGCGGCAGAGAGCGCGCAUCAAGCCCAGGGCCUUGUGGAUAGGGGUAAAGAGCAAGCUGAUGGUGUCUAUUCUAAGAGCACGGAGGUGGCUGAGACGGCAUCGCGCACAGCUCACGAUGCUCUCUCGAGCAGUUCGCAACAUGUUGAAAAUGCCAUUGAAACUGCAAAGGCCGGGUUGAAUGACGCGUCCCAGCAGGCCAAAGGCUCGGUAGUUGAUGCAGACGUCAGGGACAUCAACGGGCCCGAUACAGGCAUCAAGAAAUGA